UGCUCACUUCACCCUCAAGUGCUGCUCUUCUAUGACGUUGCGAUCACUUUCCAACUGGAGGUCCAGCGUAUCUGGCGGCGGAAGCACUCGGGUGCUACAUGGAUCUUCUUGAUCAUGCGCUAUAGUGCCGUCAUCGAGCGCGUCUUCUUUAUCCUCGAGGUCAUGGUGUGGUAUUCAACAGACGCAGCCUGCGGCGGGAUCAAUCAUACAGAUGAUACGCUCACCAUCUUGAACUACCUCUCCAUCGCCGCUUUCACAGCCCUCCGGAUAUAUGCCAUAUGGCUCCGCGAUUGGAGGCCAUUGGUCGUAGUGAUACCUCUGUCUCUCGUGAGACCUGUGGAAUAUCUUUAUAUCAGCACCUUGAACACGGCAUUACAGGGCGGACAUCUUGUUGGCUGUAUCGACAUGCGAUCUCCGAGCACUCAUCGUAGUUCGUCAGUUUCGACGGCUGCCAGAUCAGCAACAAUCGCGUGCGAUGUGAUCCUCAUCGUUUUAACUUGGAUCAAGACCUUCUCUCUAUUGCGAGAUUCGAAACGAGUGAAUGUGCGCGACACAAUUGCCAAGCCCUUACUGCGCGACGGCACAGCAUACUUUCUCAUCAUUCUCGCCGUUCAGGUCAUCACCAUAGUCUCAGAAUAUACUGAAAGUAGCGCAUCCAUCUGGGUCGUCUGGCCGUACUUCGAACAAGCCCUGACGGUCAUCUUCUUCUCGCGGUUCAUGCUCGACCUCCGGGGCGUCUACUAC